CCUGAGAAGAAACCUCUUCCAAUACCUAGGUAGUUCAUUUUUAUUUCGGAAUUCUUACUUUACUAGGUACUUCUGGAGAUGAGUAUGUUGGCGAGCAUCUAAAUCGAGAAUAAGGAGGAAAUUGCAUGCCCAACGUCAAUAAUUUCCAUGAAUCGCAAGAUGAGGAGAGAGGAUGAGGGAUUCCAAUUGGGCCAUGGGCAUUUGGUAAAAUUAUAUUGGAGAUGGUUUCCAUAAGACUGAGUAUGGCGGAGGCAGAGGCAGAUUCAGAGGAAUGGAUGGGGAAGCAGGUGUUCUUGUGUAUUUACAGGUGCGCCAUACUCGAUGUUCUCGAUUUUGAUAUAUACACAAAUCAAACAGGCCAUGGCUUGGCAAGUAUUCAAAGAAACGAAUGCUAAUGAUCUCCUCCACUUGUACCCCUUUUUGUUGAGUUGGAGGAAUGGCCACGGGUUUUGCAAGGUGGGUAUGAUGAUAAUUCAAAGAACCGAACAAUACAGUACGCAACAUGAUUUGGUUAGUUAUAAUUGCACAGACUUGCCAAUGGUAGGGAAUAGGGAAAAUGCGAUGGAGGAGGAGGGGGAUAGAGGUACUGCUAAAUUUAAAAAUAGACUGUGUGAACCUAGGCCAAAUCUCUCAACGUACAACAUAAAAGUUAAUGGGCUUUGCAAGCAAAAGAAAAUGGAGGAGGUAAGGCAUGCAAGCAAAAUAAACACUUUUCCGAGUUCCAACAUCUAUUCAACAAUGAUAAAUGGAUAUGCCAAGUUAGGUAAACUGGAUGAUGCAUUUCAAUUGUUCCAUGAGAUGGUGGAGCAAGGCAUCAGACCAACCGUUUCUGUUUACAGUACUUUGAUUGGUGGACAUUGCAGAGAAGGCAAAAUGGAAGAUGUUCUUAAUAUGUGCAAUAAAAUGAUUGAAAAUGGUCUUGCAUCUGAUGUAAUAACUUGUAAUGCACUAAUAUUUGGAUUUUGCAAAAAUGGGGAUAUGCAAAAAGCCAAGAAGAUUCUUUGUCAAAUGUUGAAAAAUGGUUUGCUUCCAGAUGAGAAGCAUCUAAAUUGUUGCCCCAAAUUGAUUGAUGACUAUUGUAAGGAAGGUAAACUACAAGAGGUGUGUAAAUUUUCAACAGAUAUGACUGGAAAAAAUUUCACAAUUGAUAGAGUUUCAGAUGAUGCACUUAUCGGAAAUUUUUGUAAAAGAGGGUUGCUGCUUGAUGCAAACAUUCUUCUGAAUAAGGUACUUGAAACAGGCCAAAUCCCAAGUGCCAGUUCCUAUGAGAUGCUUAUUGCUGGAUACUUAAAGGUAGGGAGCAUGGAACAGGUAUUUAAGCUGAGCACUGAAAUGCUUUGCAUGGGAUAUAUUCCUAACAUUCUUUUGGUUACUGCAUUGUUUAGUGGACUAUGCAAGAGAUGCAAAAUGAACGAUGCCAACCACUUGUUGAAUUUAAUGGUUGAAAAAGGUUUUCUUCCUGAUGAUGUCAUUUAUAACCUAAUGAUUCUAGAGAACUGCAAGGCAUGUAACUUGCAGGAAGCUUCAAAGUGGAAUGACCAUAUGUUGAAAAAAGGGAUUUUGCCUUGCAAAGAUACCCUUAUCGUUCUCAUUAAUGAACUGUGUAAAAAUCAUUCUAUGAGAGAAGCAACCAAAUUAUUAAAUACUAUGCUAGAAAUAAAUCUUGUCCCCGAUGACAGAACAGUCAGGGCACUUCUUGACAUGCAUACCAAGGAAGGAAAUUUACAAGAAGCCUUUAAGCUUUAUGAUAAAUGGAUAAGCAAAGAAGGAAUGCAGCAUGCUAUGACUGGUCAUAUACCCAUUGUUUGUGUUAGAAACAACCCUGUUCAGGAGGUCAAGAAACAUUUGGACAGGACGCCAGAUAAUGCUCCAGGGCUUCAUAUCUCAACUUACAGCUGGCUGAAUGAUGAAAAUGAUGGAAAAAGUAGUAAAAAGGAGGCACUCAAUCUGCAGAAGGAACUGAUGGAAAGGGGGAUUUUAUAAAUAUGUGAUAAAAACAAUAAAACUUGGAUCUGAGGAUCCAGGUGAUAUGGUCCUAGUUCCUUAUAUGUACGCCACUGAAGAGGAGUUCAUAUUGGAGGUCUAAGGAAUCCUGUGUGAUACAAUUGUCAUGUGCCGACAAAAACAUAACUCAGUAACUUAACAGCUCAGAAUCGGCUACUGCAGAAUCAAGACCUGAAUGCAAGAAAUGCUAAUUUGAAUCAAGUUUUCGUACUUUUUUCCAAUGUACCUCAAACUAUGAAAAAUGAAAUGAAGCUUUUGCACGGCCAGGAUGGUUGUUUCCCAGUGAAAAUUUUCCCCUGGAAAUCUGACUGGAAGGGCAGAGCAUCAAUGUUUGCGUCAAACUCCUCUUCACCUUCAUCAUUGCCCAAGCCUUUUUGGCCAUCCUCUGCCAUUUGAAGUUUGGAUUGUUCAUUUUCUUUUCUGGAUGGGUUCUGAUCAUGAGCAUUUUCAUCUACAUUUUCCUGCCAGAGACCAAGGGUGUACCAAUUGAAGAGAUGAGCCUUGUCUGGAAGUCACAUUGGUAUUGGGGGAAGUUUAUUCCUGAUGAUUACAGAUCCCAUGUGGAGCUCAUUAAAGCAAGCAAGAUGCAAUGACUUUUUAUUUUCUGCUACACAUCUGGCCUGCCUAUUUCAAUACUAGAAAUUGUAAUAUUUAAUUAAACAUGUUUUGGGUUCUCCACAAGAUGUAGCCCUCUUUGUUC